AUGGGUUUGGUAAAGGUGGGAACUUUUCCAGUUUUGACCAUCUGGGUCUGAUUCAGUUUGAGCUGCAACACAUUUCUGGUGAGGUUUCAGAGUUUAUGUGAAGGUUUUGGCUUUCUGGGUUGCAUAUUGGUUGGUGUGAAAGGUGGGUUCUUUGUGGUGUGUGAAAUUUCUGGGUCUGUGAGCUAUGGGAGUUUGAAUCUGGAAGAGUUGGUGAAGAUGGGUCUGGUAAAGGUGGUGACUUGGAAUGGGAGCAAAUCAAAGGGAAGGAAGAAGAAGAAAGAUGAGGCUUUGGAGGAAACUGGGUGUUGGGUUAAGUUCUCUUUUGGGACUUGCAUGCCUUCUUCGAGAUCCAAAGUUGAUAGCACCAUGACUGGGACUACUAUGUCUUUUGCCGAAACUAAAUCUUUGAAUGAGAAAAGUAGAGAUCGAGAGCUUACUCGUGGAGGUUCCUCUACAACUACUAGUAAUGCUGGAAGUACUACAUCCACACCCUAUUUCAGUGAGGAGCUGAAGGUUGCUUCCCAGCUGCGGAAAUUCACGUUUAAUGAACUUAAGUUGGCAACUAGAAACUUCAGACCGGAGAGUCUUCUUGGUGAGGGUGGAUUUGGUUGUGUGUUCAAGGGGUGGAUAGAGGAAAAUGGAACUGCGCCUGUGAAACCUGGUACUGGCCUUACAGUUGCAGUUAAGACCCUCAACCAUGAUGGACUUCAGGGUCACAAAGAAUGGCUUGCUGAAAUUUAUUUUCUUGGUGAUCUCAUCCAUCCAAAUUUGGUAAAAUUGAUUGGUUACUCCAUUGAAGAUGAUCAGAGGUUGCUGGUUUAUGAGUUUUUACCACGAGGAAGUUUGGAAAACCACCUAUUCAGAAGAUCCCUGCCUCUUCCUUGGUCUAUCAGAAUGAAAAUUGCACUUGGAGCCGCAAAGGGCCUUGCCUUUCUUCAUGAAGAAGUUCAAAAACCAGUCAUAUACCGUGAUUUCAAAACAUCUAAUAUCCUAUUAGACGCGGAUUACAAUGCCAAGCUCUCUGAUUUUGGACUUGCUAAAGAUGGUCCUGAAGGUGACAAGACUCAUGUGUCUACACGAGUCAUGGGAACAUAUGGUUAUGCAGCCCCAGAAUAUGUCAUGACUGGACAUUUGACAUCAAAGAGUGAUGUCUACAGUUUUGGAGUAGUCCUACUUGAAAUGCUAAAUGGAAGAAGAUCCAUGGAUAAAAAUAGACCAAAUGGGGAACACAAUCUUGUGGAAUGGGCAAGACAACUUUUUGGAGACAAGAGGAGGUUAUUCCAAUUAAUUGACCCCCGUCUAGAAGGCCAUUUUUCUAUCAAGGGUGCGCAAAAAGCUAUCCUACUGGCCGCUAGGUGCCUCAGUCGUGACCCAAAAGCCAGACCAAUGAUGAGUGAAGUUGUUGAAGCCCUAAAGCCUUUACCAAGCCUUAAGGACAUGGCCAUUUCUUCGUAUCACUUUCAAACCAUGCAAGCAGCUCGUACCAGAUCCAACUUGAAUGCUAAGAACGGCAUUAGAACACAAGCGGUCUUUGUACAGAGGAAUGGGCAACCGGUAAGGAGCUUGUCAAGCCCAAAGGGUCCUCCUGCUUCUCCAUAUUAUCCUCAAAAAUCACCAAAACCUAACUCAAAAGAAUGAUAUAUGGCUUUUGUUAUUCUCUAUGCAUAUUAUCUUAGAUUUGACUAUCCAAUUGUGACAGCUUGGCUUCUUCAGAUUGUUUGGUCAAUUAUAGCACAAAAUAAGUCUUUCUUUCUUUUGUUGCUAUGUGCUCGCCAGCAUCUGACUGCCUGUUAAAUGAAGGCACAAGCCUCUUUGCAUGUAUGUAUGCUCAGCUCAUUGCUCAGGCUUAGUAAAUAGCAGUUCAUCACCCUUCCCCCAUUCUGUAAUGGGUGGUAAUUUCUUAUU